AUGAGAUUUGUUGAUACUAAGUCUUAGAGUCAUUCAAAUAGGAUGGAUUGGUCUGUAUUAUAAUAGGGACAAUUUAAAUCUUUUAUUUAAAAUAAAAAGGAACAUCUUAAAAACAUUAUGGAUCAACAAACACAAGAUUUACAAGAAAAUUGGAUAGAGCAAGUCGAAACAUUUGAAGAUUUAACAUUGAGCAAAGAUUUACUAAGAGGCAUCUUUUCAUAUGGUUUCGAAAGACCAUCAGCCAUCUAACAAAAAGCAAUCAAACCAAUCAUUCUAGGAAAGGAUGUCUUGGCAUAAGCAUAAUCAGGAACUGGUAAAACUGGUACAUUCACUAUUGGUGCUUUACAAAGAAUCGACCCAAACUAAAGGAAGACUUAAGUCAUCAUUUUAGCUCCAGUUAGAGAAUUGGCAAAACAAAUUUAUGAUGUGGUUAAGGGAAUAGGCCAAUACUUAAACAUAGAAGCUUUCUGUUGCAUUGGUGGUACCUCAACCCAGGAAACCAGAGAAAAAUGCAAACAAGGAGUCCACAUCAUCAUUGCUACUCCAGGCAGAUUAAUUGAUAUGAUGAAAAAUAAAUAUUUGGAUGCCACAUUUAUGAGAUUGCUUGUUGUUGAUGAGGCUGAUUAAAUGUUAGACUAAGGUUUUAGUGAUAACUUCGCAGAAAUCCUAAAAAUGGUUCCAGGAGAUAUUUAAAUUGCAUUAUUUAGUGCUACCUUCCCACAAGAAAUUAUUGAAUUAAGUAAAUAGUUUUUGAGAGAUGGAACAGCUAAGAUUUUGGUUAAGAAAGAAUAAUUGACAUUGGAGGGUAUUAGAUAAUUCUACAUUGCAAUCCAACAAGAGGAUUAAAAAUUCAAAGUUUUGGUUGAAUUGUAUAAGAAUCUUACAGUUUCUUAAUCAAUCUUAUUCUGCAACUCCAAAAAAACCGUUGAUGAUUUGUAUGAUAAAUUGACAGCUGAGGGUUUUACUGUAAGUAAAAUACACAGUCAGAUGGAACAAAAAGAGAGAGAAUAAGUUAUGCAAGAAUUCAAAAAAGGAGCUGCCAGAAUCCUUGUUUCAACAGAUCUUAUGGGUAGAGGAAUUGAUGUUUAAUAAUUGUCAUUAGUCAUCAAUUACGAAUUCCCAAGAUUAAAGGAAUAAUACAUUCAUAGAGUUGGAAGAGCUGGUAGAUAUGGUAGAAAGGGAGUUGCCAUCAAUAUGGUAGCACAACAAGAAGCAAAUCUCUUGUUAGAAGUUGAAAAAUAUUACAACACUAAAAUUGAUGAAAUGCCCAAAGAUUUAGCUGAAGUAGAAAAAGAAUUAAGUUGAAAUAUGGGUAUUUGUUAUAAAAGAGUAUAAAUGUCAAAUUAAAUUAUUAUGUGUA